CCUACUACCACAAUUAUUUAUGAUCAUAUCUUAAAUCGUGCCUACUAGUAACUAUACCUAUAUUUUAAUAUUGUUUAAUAUUGUUAUUGUGGAAUGUAGAUAAACAAUAAAUUGUUAUUGUCCACCCCACCGUGCGAUUCUCGGUGUUCCAUUCCUGUGAACCUGUCAAAUCAGUCAAUCACCGUAGUCGGGCAGACAGACCGACAGUCAACAGACACCAAAUAGCGUUAACGAUACCGACUACGUUAUAUUAAAUUCACCGUUUUUCAAUUUUUAACUGAAAUGGAGUGUAGUAGACCGAGGGAUACAUCGUUGUCCCAGAGUAUGUCCAUACCGACGUUGAUGAAUGUAAAAACGCGGGAAUACUACGACGUUUUGAAGAAAAAGACUCAUCUGGUCGGUCGUGCUGGAUUCGGUGCUGAUCUAGAAAUAUCAAACGAUACAUCCAUUAGCCGCUGUCAUGCAGAACUCAUUCUUGUCAAGAAAGUAGUCGGCAGUCAAGUGAAACUCUUUUUGACUCUAGUGGACAAAAAAUCAAAGUAUGGAACAUUUAUAAAUGCUCUGGAUAAACAAAUUGAAAGUAAUUUAACUAAAGAUUUAAUUUUUGGUGACACAGUUCGUUUUGGUAUAAUGGAUAGCAUUUGGACUGUUGAGGAAUAUCCUUUAAUGGCUUGUCCGUCAACAUUGAAAAUUGCUGAAAAACAAACAUUGAAACAUCUAAUGACAACAAUUGGAGGACAAGUAUCGCGUGAUUGGUCUGUAGAGUGUACACAUCUCUGUAUGAAUUCUGUCACUGUUACAGAAAAGGUGUUAUUAUGUCUAGCAUCUGCAAAAUCAAUAGUACCCCUUUCAGUAUUUUAUUGAUUUAUGUAAAGCGUUAUCACCUGAUUCGUUGUCGGAAGUACCAUUCUGUAUGGAUUACAAGCCUAAAUUGGUUGAAAG